AUGAUGUCGGAAUCCUAUGAAGAGUACGAAAAAGAAUACAAUGCUUUACUUUCGAAAAUCAGAAGUUUCUUGGCUGGGAAUCGUUCGCAAGUAACGUUGCAGGAAUGUGAACGUCUCUUGGCCGAAGCCAAGAGAAGUGCCGGGGCAAUGCAAGGACUUGCUGAGGUCGAGGGGAACGCAAUGAAGAUCCGCGAAGCGUCUCUUCGACUUGAGCGGGACAUUGCUCCUCUUUCAAGAGAAAUCAAACGUGCCAUUGGUCAAGGCAAUCGGGAAGAGCUUUUCUACCAAGCACCUAGUGGCAAUGAUAAUCAAGAUAUGCAAAGUUUGAUCCGAGGGACCGAGGACUUGCUCAGAGACAGUCAAGCUCUGUGCCUUGAAACGGGACAGAUUGGAGAUGGUUUGCUUAACCAAAUGACACAGCAAAGGGAACAACUCCAUAAUACGAGAUCUAACAUUGACGCAACCAGAGAAUUUGCUUCUCAAGCGGGAACCAUUCUGACUCGCAUGUCGAGAAAGGCGCUGAAAAACAAAUCUUUCGCUAACUGGGUGAAUGAUUACGAGCAUCGCCCAAAGACGAAAGGUCCACAUUUCGUUCCUACAACAAAGAAACAUCACGAUUCAAAAAGCCUUCGGAUCAUGUGCGACGAAAUUGAAAAUCAAAACUUAAAGUUGGAUCACCCAGACUCAGCAAUCCGGCUGUCAUCCGCUGUCCAUCGAUUCCAAAUGCCCAGUAUCAACUCGCAACGUAAAUUGUCCUUCGCUUGCAGUUUUAGUACAACAGGGCGUCAUGAGAAAACACGAAAGCUCAUGCUGAAUGCUGAUUCUAGUAGAAAGAACUUGAUGGAGGCACUUUCGGCAACGAAAGUCUCACACGAACGAGUUGUUGCAGAUUCACGUCGAUACGGACCAUUGAUCAACCAGAUAUUGGUCUCUUGUAAAUUUCAACCAGAGAUGGCCAUGCUAGAUGAACGCCUUGUGUUUGAUUGGUUGUCUGGUCUUGAAAGGUCUAAAGACCCGUUCAAGUCCGAAGCGAUGAUGUACGACCUCGUGAUGUGUAUCGCAUGCGAAGGUCUCGGUAAAGCUGGCGUCGCGACAGAAUCCAGCAUUGCUGGCGAGUUCGCUGCUGCAAAUAGAGAGUACGCUGCAGCUGCUGGGAUAUUUGAGUUCUUGGCAGAUGAGUACUUACCAAAAUGGGCUGCAAGGGGAUCUCAGGUAGACGAUUCCUCCCUCCCAGUUGAAUGCUCAGUGGAAACCGCGAAAGGUUUGAGCAUGUUGUUCAAGGCGAACGGGCAGCAAAUGGCUGUAGCCACGGUGUUGAUAAAACCUGGAACACCGAACUAUUCGCUUCUUGCCAAAUUAUGCCUUGGAAUAGCCGAACAGCUGGAAUCUUUCGUUGCUUGGAUGCGUGACAAUGCGUUCAAGCAAAUGACUCGGCUUGAAAAGGAUUUCUUCACGUUGGUGACGUUCCAAAUCCAGUUACAGAAGUCUCUUUCUUGCUACUUUUAUGCUCGAAGCCUGUGGGACGAGAAGCAAGAGUAUGGCCUCGCAAUAGCCUCCCUGUCGGAAGCAACACUAUCGAUUCGUACUCGCGCUUCUGAAGCCGCAGUUGGGGUCCCAGAUGUGUCAAAAAUCCCUUCCCUUCGAGCGCUGAAAAAAGAUUUGGACGACUUGCGAGCGCACAUGGCUUUGCUACUUGAAACUUGGGAAAAAGAUAACUCAGCCGUCUAUUUUGAAGCAGUGCCACGUUCAGUUCCGCAAGACAAAAGGCUUCAGGCUGGGAUCUCCUUCGGCAAAACUGAGAAAUAUCACGUAAAGGAUCCGGACCCUGUGCUUUUGUCUCUUCCAGAGGAAACACUGCAACGUUCAGACAGCAAUCUGGCUAGGGAACUUCAGGAAAAGCUCAACUCUGGAUUAUAA